UUCCUUUCGUCAGUGUGCAACCAUCCGUCAGUCUUCCCCUUCAGUAUUAAUACGCUUGAGCAUCCUUCAAACAAGGUCGUGCACCUUUGCCUGUCCGUUUGGCAAGCAAACAAAAAAGUAAUGUGGGUGAACCGUGGAAGCAGUGAAUCUUACAAGCCUCGCAUUGAGAAAGACGACGGAGGCGCUUGGGCACAACUUGAAAUCGUAGUGAUUCGCUGUUCUCAGACAAGAUGGAUAGUUCGCACGAGUUCUGUGUAGUGCGUGAUACUAGGUGCGCGAUUGAAAUUGACACGGCAAGCGCGCGAGAAUAUUUCGCCAGGUAAAUACGCGCACGAGACAACCUCGCGAUAAAGCCGCGAAAAUGAAUUCAACUGUCAGCAAGGAUCAGCACUGAUUUCUUCGAAAUGACUGAAUAUUUACACUCAGCUGCGCCUGUUUUAGCAAAAAUUCGGAAAUGAAUAUUAACAACACUCGAGGCACAUCGUAGAAUAACGUUGGUGACUUAAUAGUAUGUUAAAAUUGGACAAUAUCAGAUACGCUCUGAGGUCUCCUGAGGUCUUCAACGCUUACAAGACGGAGGCAACAACGAGUCCGAAAACGGACGAUCUGGGCAGCGAUUAAAAUAAGGUUGACCUUCCGUCAUUUGACCGGGGCAUCCUUCUUCUUAAAAUAAUCAUCACAGACUCGCAGAGCGGGUCUGUGAGCUGUGCAGUGUGGGACGCUGUCUGCCCUGUUGUCAUCAGACGUCAUGAGCUGGAGCUUCCUAACACGUCUGCUGGAGGAGAUCCAGCACCACUCCACGUCGGUGGGGAAACUCUGGCUCACCACGCUAGUUGUCUUCCGUAUCGUACUGACUGCGGUGGGCGGCGAGUCCAUAUACUACGAUGAGCAGAGCAAGUUCGUUUGCAACUCGGGUCAGCCGGGAUGUGAGAAUGUCUGCUAUGAUGCCUUUGCACCACUCUCGCACGUGCGAUUCUGGGUCUUCCAGAUCAUUCUGUCCGCACUGCCCUCUCUGCUCUACAUGGGCUACGCAGCCAAUAAGAUCUCCCACAAGGAGGAGUCACGGGGCGGAGCAGGGGCCGGGGCUUCAGCAGGGGGCGGAUACACCCAGCGGAGGCCAAGAAAGAUGUAUUUUGGGGCAAGGCAGCACCGAGCAGGACAUGAGGAUGGGGAAGAGGAGCGGGAAGAUGACCCCAUGAUCUACGAAGUGCCUGAGAUAGACACCUCACGGCGGGAGUUGGUGCCACCGCGACCCAAGCCCAAAGUGCGUCAUGAUGGACGGCGGCGUAUCCGAGACGAUGGGCUGAUGCGAGUGUAUGUUCUACAGCUGCUGACACGUUCCGCACUGGAGGCGGGCUUUCUGGCAGGACAGUAUCUGCUCUAUGGCUUUCGUGUAGAACCAAUCUUUGUGUGCUCAGAUAAGCCCUGCCCACACCAUGUGGACUGUUUCAUCUCACGCCCUACAGAAAAGACCAUCUUCCUCCGAAUCAUGUAUGGUGUCAGCUGCCUUUGCCUGCUACUUAAUGUGUGGGAAAUGAUUCACCUCGGAGUUGGAACCAUUAGCGAUGUUCUCCGCAAACGAAAUGCAACAGCAACUGAGGAUGAGUACCAACUGGGCCUGCUUACUGCAGGGUCUGUGUCUGUAGGAGUAGGUGGGCCAGCACUAAGUGAGGGAGAGCCAGGAGGUGGGGGAGGUGUUAGAGAAGCAGACUAUGUUGGUUAUCCAUUCUCAUGGAACACCCCUUCUGCACCACCGGGCUACAAUAUUGUGGUAAAGCCUGAGACCAUGCCAUACACAGACCUGAGCAAUGCCAAGAUGGCAUGCAAGCAGAACCGUGCCAACAUCGCACAGGAGGAGCAGCAGCAGUAUGGCUCCAAUGAAGACAACUUUCCAUCAGCAGGCGAGGUGCGGCCACUGCCGAUCAACAAAGACGUCAUACAGUUAGAGGCUGCCAUUCAAGCCUAUACCUUGCAGCACCAUGCCAAUAAUAACAACCACGAUGACCUGAACGACAACCAUGACAUUGAUGAAAAGCCUCAGAUUAACAUCACUACAGCACCACAAAAGGAGCGAAAGCACCGACCCAAGCAUGGAAAAUCUGGGAGCGCUGGAAGCAGCAGCAGCAGCAGCAGUAGUAGUAGCAAGUCAGGAGAAGGCAAACCAUCUGUCUGGAUCUGAUAUCCAUACACACAUGCCUGAGCACUAUACUCAGUGGACCGUUACAUUACAUAUAUUUAUAUUGAAGAAAUAUUUCAGGUUCAGUACAAGUUAAGCUCAAUCGACAGCAUUUGUGGCAUAGUGUUGAUUACCACAAACAUACAUUUCGUCUUGUCCCUCCUUUUCUUAAAAAAUUAAAUAAAAUAGCAAAAAUCAAAGUUACAGUGAGGCACUUAAAAUGGAAGUGAAUGGAGCCAAUUCAUAAAUGUUAAAAUACUCACUGUUUUAAAAGUGAGUCCAAAAUACAUAAACAAUAUGUGUGUUAAUGUGGUUUUAGUGUGAUAAAAUCAAUUAACCUUUUCUGUGUAAAGUAAUAACCAAUUUUACAACUUUGUUGCAACGACGAUGCAACGCUAUGACUUUACAGCUCAAAUAAUACACACAAAAGUUUUAACAGAAAAAUUAAUGUAAGUGCUUUUAAAAAAAUUAUAAACUUUAGCCUUUAAACCCUCCAAAAAUUGGCCCCAUUCACCUCUAUUGUAAGUGCCUCAAUCUAACUUUAAUUUUUGCCAAAAAAAAAAACAUUUUUUGUGGUAAUCAACAUUAUGCCACAAAUGCUGUCGAUUGAUCUUAACCCAGACUAUUCCUUUUAGUAUUAGAAGAUUAACAUACACUCAUGCAUUUAUACUUUCUUUUUUAAAACCAACCUUUUUUUAGAUGCAAAAUUUGGUGUGUAUCUCACAGACUAAGACCACACACAAUUGGAAAAUAUGCUGUAUAUCUUUUUGAAAUGCUUUAGGUGCCUUAAGGAAACUCUAAGAAUGAGAUGGAUUUUUCCUUUUCUUGAUCUUCCUAAAGUAAUCUUGGGUUCUCAAGAUUAUGUCUAGCUUUGAGAACAUCCGCAGUACAAGGCAGAAAAACCCAUUCGUUUUGAACUUUGUAGCUGUUUAGCAAAAAAAGUGGAGAAAGUCUUCCUGUCGGACCCAGUUGGAGCGAUGACACUUCAAUCCAAAUCCGAGCCAGCUGUCUUCCUGUUUUUAACGUUAAACAGUAACGUUUGUAUCACAGUGCUAAGUCGUAACAAUGCAAUGAUAUGUCAGUGCAUUUUACAUUACAAUGUGGUGGUGGUGGUACACUGUGGUCUUUAAGACUGCACAAAACUGAACAGUCCUUCUUCUGUGAAAUAAGCUGUAUAAAUCUACACUUACAAACACGCACACACACACAAAUACAAAUUUUAUUAUCCCCCACCCAUAUGGUAUGGGUGUUACAUCCAAAGAAGCCAUCGGUCUCAAUGUUUUUGAGAUCCAUGGAGUUUGAUUAGUUUCUGUGUUAUUACGUUCAGUUGAUGGAUUAAAAUCCCACUUUAAUCUUAUACUGGCCCCUGCUGGUUAAAAGAGUAAUUGCAGUCUAGGUGGUCACAGUCUUAUCAACCACACUAUAUACUGUAAAUACAUCUGAAAUAUUAAUUCAGGUGCAUUGUCACUGUCAUUUCAAUACUUGUGUAUUUAUGAGAACAUCUUUUGGCUAACAAACUUUAUAGAACUGAUCCAAGUUUUAACUUGGAUACGUUGAGAGUUUAACGGUGCUGCAGCCCCAUAAGAAAGCUGACAAAAUCCAGACAUUCUCCAAGAUAUGCAAUGUUCUGUAUAUAUCUACCUAAAGAUACAAACAAACACACUGGCCCACACUGUGUGAAGCGUCUUCCGUUUUCUCUUUUACUGCCACAUUCCAACUUGUGAGACUUUUGUUUGAUGUUUGAGUUGUGAAGACUGCCAUGGAAGACCAAGUACUGUUUGUCAAUAUAGACAAUAAAGACAUUGUGCAACUAUGCAGUCCUGCUGACUGAGGAAAACACGCCAUAGAUCACCGUUGUGUGUGCCUGUGUGUAGCUGAGGAUGAGGCCGAGAUGUGAAUGCAUGAAUGCAUGUGAGUAAUCUUGAUGAAUAAAUUAAAGAAACCCUUUACAUAUCAGCAAUUCAGCAAUACUUUUCAAUGCUGAAGAUUGUGGCAUUAGGUUCAAGGUUACUAUAAGCCAGACUAGACAUGUUUUUGUAUUUUUUUUAAAUGAUUAGGGUUUUUUUUUUUUUUUAUUAGCUUUUUUUAAUACAUGGAAUUCCAUUUAUCAGUGCAAAUAUAAUGAGGUAAAUAGGUUUUCUAUGAUUUUUUUAUGAUUUCAUUGUCUUUAAUAGCAAAAAAAAAAAAAAAAACGAGAGAGAGAGAAUUUUGGUGUACAUACUUGUUGUCUCCCAAUUGAAAUACACUUUCCAAUGUGCUUAGUGAAUUGUGCUUCUCCUUUGUUAUUUGAUGUUAUAUAGAUAGGUUAUUUUGUCUUUGUUUCCUCUUCUGAUGGUUAUAAUUUGUCCCUUUAAAGAGGGCCUUAUGAUUUUGCAUGGGAGGGGAAAUAAGAAAGGGAAUUUCCCCAGAGCUCUUUCUAAUGCAAAAUCACAAAACUGCAACAAAAAGGAUUCUGCAAAGUAGCUGUACUUUGACCUUUCUCUGUGUGGGUGCAAGUUUUAGUAGCUGUAUAUUCAAGAGCUCCAGAUGGUGUGAGUAGAGACCCCUCUGCUCCACAUCUGAGCACCACUUUUUGUGUGUGUGUUUGUUUGUAUGUGUGUUUGUGUGUGUGGAUUCUGGGUUAGGCAAGGCCAUUUUUUUAUCGAGAGUCUCAAAAAAAUAAUUUUUGUCAGUAGUCUAAGAAAAAAUAAACAAAGUAGUAAGCUACUUUACUUCUGAGUGUCUUUGGAUAUGAUACAUUGCUUUGACAGCAAGUCUUCUCAGCAGGGUCUGGUGGCAUUCUUGUUUCUGAUGGGUUUGUCUAUGUUUGUGAGCAUGGAAGCAUGUGUUUCUAUUUAUUGUACUUCCCUGGUUGUCAUCAUGCCACUUCAAACCCUAAUCUAUUUGAUAUGACCUUUGUUUGUGUUUCUAUAAAUGUUGUUGCUGUGUUUAAAAAUGAGGGAGAGAAA